AUGAAAGAGGACGUGGACCUGAAUGUGUUGUUAGAAGAUUGCCCUGGAGAAUUAUUUCAAUUUGCAGCACAUCUAAAAACGUUAACAUAUCCGGAUAUGCCUGACUAUGACUUUUUGGAAAGCUUGCUCAUACAAGUAAUCAAUAAGUAUGUUUUUCAUUGUCGUUGUCUUUUCCAAUAA